AUGGCGGACAACGGUGGGCUGAAAGUGUUGGGGAAAGCUGACGAUAGACGCCUGGCGUCUGAGCCCGCGACCGAGCCGGGGAAGACGACGCCGGACCUCAUGACGCUCGUGACCCGUGCCGCGGCCCAGAUGAGGCAGGACGUAACUGCGCUGUCGCUCUCCGUCUCGCCCGCUAAAACAAGCACGAUCACGACGCUAACAGGCAAGAUCCUCGCUGCUCAGCAGGAGCUCGUCGGGUGCACCCGGCUCCUGGGCGGCGCGAGCCCCUAUGACAACACGACUCCGCCGCUGCGCUCCCUCAUCACCGCUGUUUGGGCUGAGCGAGUGUCCGCCCUCGGCCGGGAACUGAGCCGAUACAUGGAGGCGCUCGUCAAGAAGAUCCAGUCCGGAAAUGAUGCGUACCUCUCCCAGACGGGAUUAGUGUGGGAGGCGAUUGAUGCGCUUGCCGAGCUGCCGCGGACUGAGGCUGAUGCGCUCGUUCAGCGCUGGAAGCGCGAUGGAGGGCUUGUCAAGGACGCCUGGGAGGAGUUCAAGGAGAGCCUCGAGGACGAGGACGAGGAGGGCGAGAACCCCUUCGGCGACGAGGGACUCGGAGAUGACGACUUUGCCGACCUCGAGGCGACGCUGGGAGGAAACAUGACGCCCGAGGAGCGAAGACGAGCCGAGGCCCCGUUGCUCGGCCUGCACCAGAUCCUCCACGCCACCGUGCCACGGUACAUUCCCCUCGGAACGAUCACGAAGGCGCUCCCGAGCGCUUCGAUCCUGGGUGCCGGGUCGGAUUUCGCCAACGCCUUCGACGAGGCCGUUGGAGCACUCAGCACGGGACAGGACGUGGCCGACAUCAAGGAGGCGAUGGGAGACCUCGGCACCAAAGCUCGCAAGGUCUGCAAUGAGAUCGCCGAGCGUAUCCGUGUUGAGCCCGAGAGCGAGGACAGGAAGAAGGCGCUCGACAGCCUUCGGAAAUGGACCGAGAAGCUUGACGAGACGACCAAGGCGUGGGAGGAGAGCGCCUUUGGUAUGUCCGAGAUGAUGGACGCUCUGUAG